AUGCGGCUCUGGAGAGCGGGCGGGGGAUGCGGGGAGCAGGAGGGACCCGUCCCCUGCAUCAUCGGCAGCCCCGCAUCCCACAUCCCUCCCAGUCCCGCAUCCUGCGGCUCUCCCGGCCCCGCAUCCCGCAUCCCUUCCUCAUCCCGCAUCCCGGAGCUCUCCCAGUCCCGCAUCCCAGGGCUCUCCCGGCUCUGCAUCCCGCAUCCCGGGGCCCUCCCAGUCCCGCGGCUCUCCCGGCCCCGCAUCCCACGUCCCUUCCUCAUCCCGCAUCCCUCCCGCAUCCCCGAGCUCUCCCAGUCCCGCAUCCCAGGGCUCUCCCGGCUCUGCAUCCCGCAUCCCGGGGCCCUCCCAGUCCCGCAUCCCUCCCGCAUCGCGGGGCUCUCCCGGCCCCACAUCCCACGUCCCUUCCUCAUCCCGCAUCCCUCCCGCAUCCUGCGGCUCUCCCGGCCCUGCAUCCCACAUCCCUUCCUCAUCCCGCAUCCCGGAGCUCUCCCAGUCCCGCAUCCCAGGGCUCUCCCGGCUCUGCAUCCCGCAUCCCUCCCGCAUCCCAGGGCCCUCCCAGUCCCGCGGCUCUCCCGGCCCCGCAUCCCAUGUCCCUUCCUCAUCCCGCAUCCCUCCCGCACCCCGGAGCUCUCCCAGUCCCGCAUCCCAGGGAUGCGCCUCUGCAUCCCGCAUCGCGGGGCCCUCCCAGUCCCGCAUCCCUCCCGCAUCCUGCGGCUCUCCCGGCCCCGCAUCCCACGUCCCUUCCUCAUCCCGCAUCCCUCCCGCAUCGCGGGGCUCUCCCGGCCGCACAGUGACCUCUGCUGCAGAGCACAGCAGCUGCCGGCCCGGCUCGCACGGCCGCCAGCCACAGGCGGCUCCGGAGGUGUCUCCCGCACCCCGAGUUCCUGCCCGAAAAGGCCACCGGCAGCUCGGGAUGAGGGGACAGAGCCCCCGGGGGCUCCUUCGAGGGGACAGAGCCCGGGGUGGCUCCUUCGAGGGGACAGAGCCCCCGGAGCGGCUCCUUCGAGGGGACAGAGCCCCCGGGGCGGCUCCUUCGAGGGGACAGAGCCCCCGGGGCGGCUCCUUCGAGGGGACAGAGCCCCCCGGGGCGGCUCCUUCGAGGGGACAGAGCCCCCGGAGCGGCUCCUUCGAGGGGACAGAGCCCCCGGAGCGGCUCCUUCGAGGGGACAGAGCCCGGGGCGGCUCCUUCGAGGGGACAGAGCCCCCGGAGCGGCUCCUUCGAGGGGACAGAGCCCCCGGGGCGGCUCCUUCGAGGGGACAGAGCCCGGGGCGGCUCCUUCGAGGGGACAGAGCCCCCGGAGCGGCUCCUUCGAGGGGACAGAGCCCCCGGAGCGGCUCCUUCGAGGGGACAGAGCCCCCGGGGCGGCUCCUUCGAGGGGACAGAGCCCCCGGAGCGGCUCCUUCGAGGGGACAGAGCCCCCGGAGCGGCUCCUUCGAGGGGACAGAGCCCCCGGAGCGGCUCCUUCGAGGGGACAGAGCCCCCGGAGCGGCUCCUUCGAGGGGACAGAGCCCCCCGGGGCGGCUCCUUCGAGGGGACAGAGCCCCCGGGGCGGCUCCUUCGAGGGGACAGAGCCCCCGGAGCGGCUCCUUCGAGGGGACAGAGCCCCCCGGGGCGGCUCCUUCGAGGGGACAGAGCCCGGGGUGGCUCCUUCGAGGGGACAGAGCCCCCGGGGCGGCCCCGUUCGGCCCCGCAGCCGCAGCUCCCGCUCCCGCAGUCUGGAGCUUUUCCGAAAGGUCAGAAGGAAAUAUCACUCCUACUUUUCCCCAAGCCUGAUGUUGAACACUGAAGUCUCCAGCCAGCCCUAA